AUAAUGCUAUUGAAGACAAUUUGCCAAUGCAGCUACUUAAUAACAAUGAUGAUGAUAAUGUGAACUCAUGUGUUGUUUGUUUGACUGAGCCAAGUACACAUGCUUGUGCACCGUGUGGACACCGAUGUUUAUGUGAAACCUGCAGUACCGGUCCUUUGAAUAGAUGUCCACUUUGUCAAGGAGAAAUUAUUUUAAUCAUGAGGAUUUUUAACUAAAUAACUUAAGAUUUAAUGAAUUAUUAUAAAUAAAUAUUAUUUAUUAUAUUGUAUUAAUGUUA